GGCCCGCGCCGCCGUGCAUUGUGGGGCGGAGCAGCACAGCCAAGAUGGCGGCCAGCAGGAGGCUGAUGAAGGAGCUUGAAGAAAUCCGCAAGUGUGGAAUGAAAAACUUCCGUAAUAUCCAGGUUGAUGAAGCUAAUUUAUUGACCUGGCAAGGGCUUAUUGUUCCUGACAAUCCUCCGUAUGAUAAAGGAGCCUUCAGAAUCGAAAUCAACUUCCCAGCAGAAUAUCCAUUCAAACCUCCUAAGAUUACAUUUAAAACAAAGAUCUAUCACCCUAACAUCGAUGAAAAGGGGCAGGUUUGUCUGCCAGUAAUUAGUGCUGAAAACUGGAAGCCAGCAACCAAAACUGACCAAGUAAUCCAGUCCCUCAUAGCACUGGUGAAUGAUCCACAGCCCGAGCAUCCCCUCCGGGCUGACCUAGCUGAAGAAUACUCUAAGGACCGUAAAAAAUUCUGUAAGAACGCUGAAGAGUUUACAAAGAAAUAUGGUGAAAAGCGACCAGUGGACUAAAAUCUGACAAAAUUGAUGUCAGCAACAUAUGAUAGAAGAUCGGAGCAGUGCAUUUGAGACACCCCGUAAAGCAGGACUCUAUGGAAAAUUGACAAGUGCCACCUCUCGGUGUUAACUUGUGGCUGUUACUAACUUUCUACAGUUUUCUUAAUCAAAAGUGGGCUAGGUAACCUGUAAAGAAAGGAUUAAAAUUUAAGAUGUUCUAGUUCUGCUUUCUUUGUUUAAAAAUCACUGCUUCAAUAUACUUUAAAGUAUGCUGUUUUCUUUUUCUUGUCAGAAUUUAUCAAAAAUAUCUUAGACUUAUAUUCUGCCCUUAAAUUGAAAAGGUUGUGGCUGUCAUUUCUUAUUUUUCCUUGCAGUUCCCACUAUCUUUAGUUCAUUUAAUUCUUCAUUGAAUUUUAUCCCCCUCCCCAAACUGAUGUCUUAGGAAAAAAUAUCCCAGUUCUGGCAGGAAAUGAUUGAGUGUUUGGCAGUUUUGUUUACUUUCCUUUUUAAAUGUUGCACUGUGCUUUGUGGGACUUGUUGCAAGUUCCCCUUAACUCCAGUUUGUAACAUAAUAAACAAACAAAAAAAAGCAAACAAACCCCACAAAAACAAUCAUCAAGAAUGUCCAGGUCUUAUGUAAAUCUGGCUGAUGUCACCACAAAAUGUUUAUUAAAUGGGGAAACCCAAGUUUUUGUGUGCGUCAUUGAAUUAAAAUAUGGAUUAUGUCCUGCUUUUGGAAAACUCUGGGAAAAAAUUCUGUAGCAAAGAGUAGUGGAAUGUGAUUACAAACUUCUUUCACUUCUUUUCUUAAUACCUAGGGAAACGUGCACAGAACAACAUUGCAACCAGUUUAGAAGAGCUUCAGAAAUUGGGGACCAAGAGGUACCAAAGUGAUAAACUGUUUCGUGAGUUAAAAAUCAGUAUUUUGGAAAUGUGAAUUUGGGAUUCAAGUACUAAAUCCAACAGCACUGCUAGUCAUCUUAGAACAUUUUUCCAUCAGGAUGUGUAAGAAACAUCUCUGUAUUUCACAGGGUGGCACUACUGCCAUUUCCUAGCCCAACUGAAAAUGGUAUAAGAAUAGGAUUAAGCAAUAACCUGUAACAGGGGACGCUUCACUACUGCUGUUCCUGUGUUCUAAAAACACACAGGUUAGAUGAUUUAAUGAGCACUUGGAGUAUCAUUCUAACUUAACCAGGCAGAGCUGCUUUCCUGUUGCUGCAGGGCACACCUUCGCAUGCUCAGGGAAGCCCUUUCUGUUCAGGACUGAGCAUCUUUUACCAUGUCUCUGCUUCUCUCCUGCCUGCCUGUCCUCUCCCCCCAGCCUGAAGCCUGGUCACAGCUCCAGUCAAACCACCACAGCCAAACUGCCGCCUCUUCCCCGCCUGUCGAACUCGGGUGUGUUACUGAGCAAACAUGUAUCUCCAGAAAUCCGUAGGUAUCUGGGAGCACAUAUCAUUCUGAUGUGCAGGAAGUUGAAUUGGAAAACCCCUCACGCCCAGGGUUGUCUGUAUUCCUAUAUUCAGUUUUAAUACAGCCUCUGCCUUUGCAACCUUUUGGAACUAGUGUGUCCAGCGGUAGGUCUCUUUUGGUUUUAAUGUCUUGUAUAUUUGCUAUUUCUUCAUUCAUCCCUCUCAUCCAGCUUUCAUUUCCCAUUUAGUGUAAACAAUGACAGCCCAGUACCUCACCUCUGAAAGUAAAUUUUUUUAUGAGUUAGGGAGCUAAGAAAUUUUAUGUUUAAGUGUUCUUAGACAGAUUCUUUGGCAGGUAAAUAAAGUUAAACCACUUUCACCUUAUUUACGGAAACUUGCAUUUCCUAAGUGUUUUCAGGCUUGUGAGAGCACUGUCUAUUACCAAAUUUUCACAUCUUUGUGUCUUCAUUUGCAGAAAGUUGGUACUGAUUUUGUUUCAUUUACGGUCACUUGGAUUCAUAAUAAAAUAAUGCCAAAUUAUCUGUCAAA